AUGGAAGACAACCCAGCUUUGCGGAGGUUAUUUGAACAAAUCGAAUUGAUGCAACGACAACAUGCGGCGGAGAUGGAAAAUCUUCGUAAACAGCACGAAGUCGACCUGCAACAAUUACGUGCCGAGCAGGCUGCAUUUCGAGCCCAAUGGCAACAACAUCAACAACCACCUCACACACAUCAUGCUAGCCAUGUUCCUCCCACCGCGGGCGAGCAUGAGUCUUCUCCUGAUCCCACAUACCCGCCAGAACCCGCACGAACACACCGAUCCGUACAUACCCAUAUCAGCCAUCCUGAUCACGAUGCCACGCGACGACAUCCUUUCGUCGAUGGAAUUAUGGAAGUUCCUCUUCCCCCUGCUUGGAAGCCGUUGAAUAUCGAUAGGUACGACGGAGCCACUGACCCUGACGAGCACAUUGACGCAUACGUGACACAGAUCAACCUUUACACAAAUGACGACGCCAUCAUGUGUCGCGUAUUUCCAACAUCACUCAAGGGGGCCGCUCUUAGUUGGUACACGCAAUUACCACCCAGAUCGGUAGACAGUUUUGAUACGUUGGUCCGCCUCUUCUCUGCCCAAUACGCCACUAGCAGACCUCAUCAUAUUACUUCUGCGGCGUUAUCUAACUUGCGGCAACAAGACGAUGAAUCCCUCAGACAGUUCAUGGAACGUUUUGCCAAUGUCUCCAUCAAAAUCCGAAAUCUAAACCCCGAAGUUGCUCUCCACUCCAUGCUGAUGGCGCUCAAACCCGGACCUUUUGUCGACAGUCUGUGCCGACACCAACCAACAAGUAUGGACGAACUGAGAGCACGCGCCGCCGGGUACAUACAAAUGGAGGAACAUGCGGAAUUCGGUAACACUGUCCGAGAUGGUCUCAUUCUUAAAGGAGACUCCAGUAACAGGGAGAAGCAAAAGCAUCACUUUGAUCAAAGAUCAAAAAGACCUCGUCAAACGCGAAGCCCCAGGUAUGAUUUUUAUACACCUCUUAAUGCUCCUCGAGUCAAUAUUUUGGAGGAAGCUAACCAUGCAGAUCUGAUCUCCCUACCCCCUCCGGCCUACAACUCGGCCAAUGCCGACAAGAGCAAACACUGCCGAUAUCACCGAAAUCACGGGCAUACAACGGAGGAGUGUUGGAGUCUCAAAGAUAAAAUUGAAGAAUUGAUUCAAGCUGGUCAUCUUGGACAAUACAUCCAACGAGGUCAAACUUCUCGUGGAGGUUUCCGAGGACGCGGUAGAGGACGAGGUCGGUAUCCAAACCGAUACCAAGGACGUCACCAUGGUCAUCAAGGUCAUCAAGAGCAUGGCAAUUACCAACAUGCACCUGCGCGUGAAGAAAAUAAACCCAGUGCAAACAGUGCCGAUCCACAGCAUGGAGAAAAACCCUCUAACGACAACAACUUGCGUGGAAUCAUUAAUACCAUUUCCGGGGGUUUCGCCGGAGGAGGAAGUUCUAACUCCGCCAGGAAGCGGCAUUUACGCAAUGUUCAUAACAUCAACAAUCCCCACAAUUUGGACCCCAAAAUGAACCCCUCCAAUCCUCCCAUCGUUUUCACUGAUGACGAUUACGCAGGCUUAAGCCUCAACCAAGAUGACCCCAUGAUCAUCUCGGUCGAGGUGGCUAACUGGGAAGUUCAGAAAACCCUGAUUGACCAGGGAAGCUCUGCCGAUGUGCUUUAUUGGCCCACCUUUUUGAAGCUCGACAUCCCCCAUACCAUGAUUCAACCAUAUUCUGAACCUCGUCUGGGGUUCGCAGGUGAGCGAGUUCAUACUCGUUGUUUUGUUGAGCUAUUAACCUCUUUUGGUACAGGCCAAACUUCCAGAAGAGUGUUGGUGAAGUAUUUAUUGGUUGACGCUGCCACCUCUUACAACAUCCUUAUCGGGAGACCAACAUUGAAUCAGUUGGGAGCAAUCGUAUCAACACCCCAUCUAACCAUGAAGUUUCCGGGCACAGAUGGACGCAUCAUAGCUGUAAAAGCUAACCAACAAAUAGCAAGGCAAUGUUACGCUCAAAGUUUGAAGAUUGCGCCGUUAAAGAUUGCACCAAUCAAUAAACCCAAGGUUCCGAGUUCCUCUGUCGUGGCACACCUCGGGAUAGAAGAAGCAGCCGAUCUGGAUCCCCGAGCUGACAUGCAUGAUUGCCGCCUCGACCCUGUGGAUGAACUAAUCGAAUUCCAGAUUGGCAAAAAGCCAAAUCAGUGCACUAAGAUUGGGAAGCACAUUGACACUGAAGUUCAAGGUAAAAUCAUGUCAAUACUUAUUGAAAACGCUGAUCUUUUUGCAUGGAGUAGUGCAGAUAUGCCAGGAAUCGAUCCCAACUUCAUUUGCCAUAAAUUAGCCAUUCACAGGGAGGCAAAACCUAUAUCUCAGAAACACAGGAAAAUUGGAGGCGAAAGAUGA